AUUUCCAAAAUAAGAAGAUGGCAUCGUUUGCUCAGUUAACCAAACGUUACUGUAAGCUACUUGUCAGAGCCGUUAAACAUUAAUAUUCAAACGCAUGCAUAGGAAUAUUUAUGUUUACAAUUAAAUUUGCCGAAUGUUAUUACCAAAGUUAACCGAAUUGCACUACCGCUAUCAAAGUAAUAUAACUUAUUCGUUUACUUGUUGGUGGCUUAUUCAUAAUGUUUUAAGAAAUAUUUGUGUGAAUUAUCUGGUCAUUGUACAGCAAAGUAUUCUUAAUUUUCGCGGGUUAAUCCAUUUUUCUUAUUCAGUGAUGCCCAUGGUGUGAUUUAAAAUCCUCUGACACCUUCAAGGACAACGUAGGCGGCCUAUGUUUUAAAUGUCGCUACAUCCACUUCAAAUUGGCUCUGUUAACUUAUCCCUGCAUUACAUUGCACUAACUGGUUGCAGCCUCGAACAGUCGAGUCAUUCAUUAGAAAUGGCUGCCAUUAAUAAUGCACAUAUUGUUCCUUGUUUGUCGUAGAUCCAAUAGCAGCAGUACGAUCCCCGGCAAAUAAACAUGGGUAAGGAAAAGCUUCACAUUAACAUUGUUGUCAUUGGCCAUGUGGACUCGGGCAAGUCCACUACCACCGGCCACCUCAUCUACAAAUGCGGCGGUAUCGACAAGCGGACCAUCGAGAAAUUUGAGAAGGAGGCUGCCGAGAUGGGGAAAGGCUCAUUUAAGUAUGCCUGGGUCCUGGACAAGCUUAAGGCAGAGAGGGAGCGUGGCAUCACCAUUGACAUCUCACUGUGGAAAUUUGAGACCAGCAAGUACUACGUUACCAUCAUCGACGCCCCCGGCCACAGGGACUUCAUCAAGAACAUGAUCACAGGCACUUCCCAGGCGGACUGUGCCGUGUUGAUCGUGGCUGCUGGCGUGGGCGAGUUUGAAGCGGGCAUCUCCAAGAACGGGCAGACCCGUGAGCACGCCCUGCUGGCCUACACGCUGGGCGUCAAGCAGCUCAUCGUGGGCAUCAACAAGAUGGACUCCACCGAGCCCAACUACAGCCAGAAGCGCUACGAGGAGAUCGUCAAGGAGGUCAGCACCUACAUCAAGAAGAUCGGCUACAACCCCGACACGGUGGCAUUCGUGCCCAUCUCCGGCUGGAAUGGGGACAACAUGCUGGAGCCUAGUCCUAACAUGACCUGGUUUAAGGGCUGGAAGAUCACACGCAAGGAGGGCAGUGCCUCCGGGACCACCCUCCUUGAGGCCCUGGAUGCCAUACAGCCCCCCUCGCGGCCUACGGACAAGCCCCUCCGCCUGCCGCUGCAAGACGUUUAUAAGAUCGGAGGCAUCGGCACCGUCCCCGUUGGCCGGGUGGAGACGGGCAUCCUGAAGCCCGGCAUAGUGGUGACCUUUGCCCCCGUGAAUGUGACCACCGAGGUGAAGUCGGUGGAGAUGCACCACGAGGCCCUGACCGAGGCCAUGCCCGGAGACAACGUGGGUUUCAAUGUCAAGAAUGUGUCUGUGAAGGACAUUCGCCGUGGCAACGUGGCCGGGGACAGCAAGAACGACCCCCCACUGGAGGCCGCCAGCUUCACCGCACAGGUGAUCAUCCUGAACCACCCAGGCCAGAUCAGCGCAGGCUACGCUCCUGUCCUGGACUGCCACACCGCCCACAUCGCCUGCAAGUUCGCCGAGCUCAAGGAGAAGAUUGACCGCCGCUCAGGCAAAAAGAUCGAGGACAACCCCAAGAACCUGAAGUCCGGGGACGCCGCCAUCGUGGAGAUGGUCCCUGGCAAGCCCAUGUGUGUGGAGAGCUUCUCCGAGUACCCUCCUCUGGGGCGCUUUGCAGUGCGUGACAUGCGUCAGACUGUGGCGGUCGGGGUCAUCAAGGCCGUGGAUAAGAAGGCUGCGACCUCCGGCAAGGUCACCAAGUCUGCCCAGAAGGCCCAGAAGGGCAAAUGAAUGUCGUGUGGCGCCGCCCCGCCCUGCAUCAUCCGCGGCAACAAGAACAACACCCACCCACCCCUCUCCCCCAUCCAUAAAGCCUGGUUAAUUCUCACAAUGCAUCGCAAGAGCAGGAGAAGGAAAAAAAUAAAACAUUACUCACACCGUAACUUACCAAAACAUUAGCUGCUCUGACAAUGACCGUCGUUAGGGGACAAUCGUUUAAAUGUUUGAGUAGUUAGUCUCUGUUGUUUGUGGAACAGUUUGUUUCCAGUUCUUCGUGUGUUUAUGGUUCAGGAGUUUAUAAGCUACAUUUAGUCUGUGACAAGGAGGAGUGAUCAACGUUGUCCUUUUCCUCGUUCUGGGGUAGACCACUGUACAAUAGUGACCAGAUAUCUACUUUAGCACAAUAGCACUUAGUAGAUGUUAAAAAAGUCAUAGUUUGCACUGGGCUUGCUGACUGUCUUGAAUCCUGUCCCUUUUUGUGUGUUGUUUUCUGUUGUUCGAUGUUAAACUGUUGUGUUGACAUGUAGCUUUAAAUGGACCUGGAGCUUUCUGGCAUUUACUAUUUGAAGCUGAAUGCAUGUUCUCUGUGCACUUUAAAAAGAAAUAGUUGACUAGAACAAAUAAGCUUAGCUCAGUCACUUUUCUGUCUUUUGCACUCGCACUCUUGUACUUUAAAUGGCUAUGGUUCUCUGUGCCCUGCAGUAUCCUGUAGAUUCAUGACCUACCCAUUCUAUUAAAGAUCUUAGAACAUCA